CAUAAACACACGCUGACAGGUAAAACCCAGAGAUCCGACUGCGCAAGCGCUUGAACUGAAGAUGGCUGCGCUCUGUAGAGGAUUCUCUCUGCUGGCAGUACCCAGAUGUUACAUUCGUCCAGGGCUCUGCAGGCAGUAUAGCGCCGGGCCAUCAUAUCAGUACAUUCUUGUCGAACGCAGAGGGCAAAACCAAAAUGUUGGCUAUAUACAACUGAACAGACCCAAAGCGCUGAACGCAUUAUGUGAUGGAUUGAUGACCGAAAUCAACCAAGCACUUGACUCUUUUGAAGUGGAUCCACAGAUUGGGGCAGUUGUUAUAACAGGGAGUGAGAAAGCAUUUGCAGCUGGUGCAGAUAUCAAAGAAAUGCAAAACCGGACUUUCCAAGAGUGCUAUGGCGGAAGCUUUCUGUCGCACUGGAAUCGUGUCUCUACUGUAAAGAAACCUGUUAUUGCAGCUGUUAAUGGUUUUGCACUUGGAGGAGGGUGUGAGCUCGCCAUGAUGUGUGAUAUUAUCUACGCUGGAGAAAAGGCACAGUUUGGGCAGCCAGAAAUCUUGCUUGGAACCAUUCCAGGGGCUGGAGGUACCCAGAGGCUCACAAGAGCUGUUGGAAAAUCACUAGCUAUGGAAAUGGUCCUUACUGGUGACCGCAUCAAUGCCCAAGAAGCCAAGGAAGCAGGACUUGUCAGCAGAGUGUAUCCAGUGGACAAGGUAGUGGACGAAGCCAUCAAUUGUGGGGAGAAAAUAGCAAAAAGCUCUAAACUGAUUGUGUCUAUGGCAAAAGAAGCUGUUAAUGGAGCAUUUGAAUUAUCUUUGUCAGAGGGUAACAGACUUGAAAAGCGACUUUUCCACUCUACAUUUGCUACGGAUGACCGUAAAGAAGGAAUGACUGCUUUUGUAGAGAAGAGGAAGGCCAACUUUAAUGAUCAUUAGAAUGGUUAGGCACGUAUUUAGAUAUAAUCCUCCAGUUGAUCAUUGACUCUCUGCCUUAAUUCUUCCAGAAAGAAUUUGUUCCAGUGAACUACGUUUUAGACUUAUUUCCAGAACUUAUUUGUUCUCCUUCACAUGAUGUGUAGCCCUGAUGGUAAUUAUGAGAUAGAAGUUUGGGUGACCUAUGGCAGGGUAAUUGUCAUUUUCAAAUAAAUAUAUUUUUCUCAAAAAUUCCAUAAUAUUACUUAUUAUUCUUAAAGCCCAAUAAUUACUUUAAUGUAUUAACUACCUUUUUAAGUCAAUCUGGAAAGGAGCGGAGUUUGUGCUUGAAACGGCGUGUGUCAGCUGUAACACACAGCUGACACUUUUCUGCAGUGGCAAUGAUCUGGAUAAUGCCAAAAAUGUAUCCUUGGCAUAAUUAAGUUCCUAGAAGUUGAAAUCCCUAAGUUUAAAGUGUACCUGCCAUGUCACAGAAAAAAUACUUAUAUGUUACUCACUAGGUCAUGUAGAGUCUGUCUUAAUGUGUCUAGCUUCUGUAUUUAUCUAAUAAAUCCCUCUGUUCCGCUAA